AGCAUCAGUAGUACUCGUACAUCAGCAACAAGCUGCUACCGCCUGCGCUGCGCGCAACUCGCCUCAACGAAGUUGAAGUCCCGUUUAAUUCCGUGCGGUAAAUUCGACUCGCAGUUCGUUUUGUUCGCUUCGACAAGCCAGCAUCGCUCGCGUCGUGUGUUUUACCGAUGCACAGCACAACUAAACUGCCGCAAUUCAAUCUCAUCGCAACUACAAUCGACAUUUAAUCAUUUCAUUAAUUAAAUUAAUAAUCAGUUUAAUUAAAAUAACGCGUCACUAUAAAUCAAAUGUGAUUUCUUUAAAAAUUUGCUAAAUUAUGUGCCUUUAUCUUGAAUAAUAUUAAUAAAAAAACAACGAAACGCAAUACGAAAACGUAACUUCCCGAGUUAAAAAUCUAGAAGGCAAUUCAAUGUCUUAAAUUCCAAUCUAUACAUAAUGUUUAAUAAACAACGCGGAGUUAUUGCGGUUAAUACUAAACAUCGACGGAUAAAUAAAAUAUAAAUAACGAUAUCUUAUUUCAUUAAUUAAAUUAGGUUACUGAUGAAGUGACAUGAAUUAACGUUAAAAAUUGCACAAUUUCAUUACCAUUACCAUGGAUACGAGCAAAAAGUUCGACAACAAAAGCCCGGAGCUCUCGUCGAAUUUCUUAUCGAAAUUAGUGUUCGGAUGGGUUCUUCCUUUUUUUCGUAUUGGUUUGAAGAAAAAUAUAGAACUAAAGGAUUUGUACAACUCUACAAAACCAGAUUUAUCUGAACAGCUGGGAAAUGCAUUAGAAAUAAAUUGGGAGAAAGAAUUAUUGCGUGCAAACCGUGACAAAAGAAAGCCCUCAUUAUGGAAAGCUUUAUCAGCGACGUUUUUCCGCCAGUUUGCAGUUUGGGGCCUCAUAUUGUUCCUGCAAUCGAUUGUUUUCAAACUAAGCCAUCCAAUCAUCCUCGCCCACCUGAUUAAAUACUUUGAUCCUGCCAAACCCUACUCGGAACACGAAGGCUGGUUGCUUGCCUUCGGCGUUAUCCUUGUUUCUCUCCUAAACAUAAUCUGCAUCCACCAUGCAAAUAUCGGAUGUCUACGGAUUGGAAUGCGGUGUCGCAUUGCCUGCUGUUCACUUAUGUACAGAAAGUUACUUAAAUUAAGUAAAGCAUCACUUAAUCAAACUGCGACUGGUCAGAUGAUUAAUCUUAUGUCAAAUGAUGUGCAGCGGUUCGAAUUUUUCUGUUCUUUUCUGCAUUAUAUUUGGAUAAUGCCGAUUCAGGCUGUUGUGGCGUCGUAUUUGAUGUGGGACAGCGUCGGCUGGCCGGCAGUCGUGGGUGUUUUGACUAUCGCCGUACAAGCGAUACCUCUGCAAGGAUACUUAUCAAAGCUACAAGGGUCUUAUCGCUCGGAGAUUGCGGGCCGGACAGAUUAUCGGGUGAAAAUCAUGUCGGAAAUCACCAGCGGUAUUCAGAUAAUCAAAAUGUACGCGUGGGAAAAACCAUUUGAGAAGGUGGUUGAACUGGCGCGUAAGUUGGAGAUUGAUAUCAUCACGAAAAAAUCGUAUAUUUUGGGCUAUACCACAGCGUUGAUGGUUUUCACCGAACGCACAAGUCUCUACGUCACUGUGUUGUUUUAUGUUUUGUCUACGGGUAAUCCACUAUCGGGCGAGUUGGUUUUUUCAAUGGCGCAGUUCUUUAAUACCAUUCAGUUGUACAUGGCAAUUCUUUUCCCGCUGGGGGUUGUGUUUGCUUCCGAAUGCCAAGUUUCAGUCAGGAGAAUCAAAGAAUUCUUAACGCUAGGCGAAAAUCUACGUAUUAUCGAUGUAGAUGAAGAUAUUAAAGGUGACAAAGGUGCUAUUAAAGUGGUAAAAGGCCGUGCUUCCUGGUCACCGAGUCCAAUCAUCGAAACAUUGACAAAUAUCAACUUUGAAAUUGAGUCUGGAAGUCUCUGCGCAAUUGUUGGAUCUGUGGGUUCAGGAAAAAGUUCCCUUUUACAACUUCUACUACGCGAAUUACCUUUGAAUAGUGGUAAAUUAGAAGUGCAGGGAGAGGUUUCUUACGCGUCGCAGGAGCCGUGGUUAUUUGUGUCCACGGUCCGGAAUAAUAUUUUGUUUGGCCAGCCGUUUGUCAAGUCGAGGUACAAGCAGGUGGUACGUGUGUGUGCGUUGGAGACGGAUUUCGCGCAGUUUCCGCACGGGGAUAAAACAUUAGUCGGCGAGCGUGGUGUUUCCUUGAGCGGGGGACAACGCGCGAGGAUUAAUUUGGCACGGGCGGUUUACCGUGCGGCCGACAUUUAUUUAUUCGACGACCCUCUCAGCGCUGUGGAUACACACGUCGGCAAACAAUUGUUUGACGAGUGUAUUAGUAGACACCUCGAAGGAAAAACUAGAAUUUUGGUCACGCAUCAAUUACAGUUCUUGAAAACUGUCGAUAAGAUUAUCAUUGUGAAUAAUGGACAAAUUGAAAAGAUUGGUACUUAUGCUGAGCUUGCCGAGAAAGAACUUUCACAUUUAAAACAUACAGUGCCUGAAGAAGAAGCCCCAGGCGAAGAUAUCAAACGGACCAAGCGUUUGAUGUCAGUCACAUCGCACGAGUCUAGUAAUGUGGACGAGGAGGAAGACGAACCUGAAGAGACGCAGGAAUUGAUGGAGAAAGGAUCAAUACCGACGUCCACUUACGUUGAUUACUUUAAAUCCGGUGCUAAUGUGUGCGUGUUGGCACUCUUGGUGUUUCUCAUUCUCAUCGCACAGAUGUUCUGUAACUCUAGCGAUUUAUGGCUGAAACACUGGACGAAUCAAGAAGAGAAUGUGUGUGCUGAUCAACUAAAUGAGUUUAACAGCACUACAGAAGACGGAAAUUCAACAGAUUUUGUAUGUUUUAUAUCUGAUAAUCCAAGAUAUAUGAAUAUCAACAUUUAUACUGGUCUGAUUGUCGCAACUGUUAUCUUAACAACCGUACGUUCGUUAUUCUUCUAUAAAGUGUGCAUGAACGCGUCGAAAUCUCUGCAUAAUCAGAUGUUUUCCAAUAUUUUGCAAGCAACGAUGCGAUUUUUUGACACUAAUCCAUCAGGGAGGAUUCUCAAUCGUUUUUCGAAGGAUAUAGGAGCGAUUGAUGAACUUCUACCCCGUUUAAUGCUUGAUUCCAUACAAAUUUUCAUGGUGAUGUCUGGUAUUUUGGUGAUGGUUUGGAUUGUUUCGCCAAUUAUGAUUGCGCCAACACUUGUUUUGGGUGGUAUUUUCGCUUGGAUUCGUUAUAUCUACAUGUCAAGCGCGCAGGACAUCAAAAGAUUGGAAGGUGUAACUAAAGCUCCAGUGUUUUCACAUGUUUCUGCGUCCCUGUCAGGAUUGACCACGAUUCGCAGCAGUGGAGCGCAGUAUUUAGUCGCGAAAGAGUUUGAUGUUCUACAGGAUCAACACACUUCGUCUUUUGUACUUAUGAUUUUUGCUAGUGAAGCAUUUGGGUUUUAUUUGGAUUUAUUAAGUGUGUUCUUCGUCGCUGUAGUAACACUUCAAUUCUUUGCAUAUGAUACUGUUAUGGAGGGAGAUGUUGGUUUGGUAAUAUCCCAGUCAUUGAUUUUGACUGGAAUGUUACAAUAUGGAAUGCGGCAGACUACAGAAGUUGCUAAUAACAUGACGAGUGUUGAAAGAGUGUUACAAUACACAAAAUUAGAUAAAGAAGGACCUUUCGAAUCAACUCCAGCGCAGAAACCGCAUCGUGAUUGGCCGAUGAAAGGCGAAGUUAAACUUAAGAAUCUUUAUCUACAGUAUUCCACCAGUGAUCCGCCUGUUUUGAAAAAUUUGAAUUUAGAAAUUCCUGCAGGGUUUAAAGUUGGUAUUGUGGGUAGAACCGGUGCAGGUAAAUCUUCGAUGAUCGCUGCCGUGUUUCGCCUGGCUCCAAUUGAAGGAACUGUCGUAAUCGACGAUGUUGAUACGAAGAACAUCGGUUUGAAUGAUUUACGCAGUAAUAUUUCGAUUAUUCCACAAGAACCCGUUUUAUUUUCGACUACUGUUCGACAUAAUCUGGAUCCAUUCGAUCGUUGCAAUGAUGAAACACUAUGGAAAGCUUUGGAAGAUGUUGAAUUGAAAGAUGCGGUACAAAAACUCGAACAGGAAGUGAGCGAAAGCGGUUCGAACUUCAGCGCUGGUCAACGACAAUUGAUUUGUCUAGCGCGUGCGAUUAUUAGAAAGAAUAAAGUUAUUAUUAUGGAUGAAGCUACUGCCAAUGUUGAUCAUCAAACUGACGCUCUCAUCCAGAAAACAAUCCGUCAUAACUUCCAGGAUUGCACAGUCCUGACAAUCGCACAUCGCCUCAACACAAUCAUGGAUUCCGAUCGUGUUGUGGUGAUGGAUCACGGUGAAAUCGUCGAAUAUGCACAUCCCUACGAGCUGCUACAAAACAAAGAUGGCGUAUUCUACGCCAUGUUGCAACAAACCGGAGAGAGUAUGUUUGCAAACCUCUUAGAAAUCGCGCGUGAGAGCUAUGAACAAAAAGCGGAAACAAAUGAGACUCAGCGUGUGAACAAUGCCACUUCGAUGCACAGCGUCGCCUUGGACGAAACCACCGACAAUUCGGACGGUGGUGAGGACGAAAACGAUGACAAUGAUUCCAAAAAUGCAACUUAAGGUGCCUAAGAAGUGCUGAAUAAUUGAUUUAGAAUUGCAGUUAAGUUACAAAAUAGUUUUAUUACUGUUGAAAUGUUUGAUAUUUACUUAUAUUUUUGUAUGUUCAACAAAACCAAAGUGUUUAACUCUUAGAUUAA